UGGGGGCAACUACCCAGAGUUAACAGACCGAGCGUCCUCAGGCACCAGGCCAUGCUGUGAUGCGAGUAACAGGGGUGCGGGCCUACGAGGCCGGCGAGGGAUGCCCAGCCUCGGUUUUUCUCCUUCUGGGGGAAAAAAAGGAAAAGAACAGCUUUUUACUAUAUGUCACUUUUCUUCACAACAGGAUAGCUUCCGUGGGACUGAAUGAAGACCAGAAAGAAUUUCAGAAAGUGGCCUUUGACUUUGCUGCCCGGGAGAUGGCUCCAAAUAUGGCAGAGUGGGACCAGAAGGAGUUGUUCCCAGUGGACGCAAUGCGGAAAGCUGCUCAGCUAGGCUUCGGGGGAGUCUAUGUACGAACAGAUGUAGGUGGGUCUGGCCUGUCACGGCUUGAUACGUCUGUUAUCUUUGAGGCCUUGGCGACAGGCUGCACCAGCACCACGGCCUAUAUUAGCAUCCACAACAUGUGUGUCUGGAUGAUAGAUACCUUCGGAAAUGAGGAACAGAGGCACAGGUUUUGCCCACCGCUCUGUACCAUGGAGAAGUUUGCCUCCUACUGCCUCACUGAACCAGGAAGUGGCAGUGAUGCUGCCUCCCUUUUGACCUCAGCAAAACGACAAGGAGAUCAUUACAUCCUCAAUGGCUCCAAGGCCUUCAUCAGUGGUGGGGGUGAAUCAGACAUCUAUGUGGUCAUGUGCCGAACAGGAGGACCAGGCCCAAAAGGCAUCUCCUGUGUAGUUGUAGAGAAGGGGACCCCUGGCCUCAGCUUCGGCAAGAAGGAAAAAAAGGUGGGGUGGAACUCACAGCCAACCCGCGCGGUGAUCUUUGAAGACUGUGCAGUGCCUGUGGCCAACAGAAUUGGAAACGAGGGACAGGGCUUCAUCAUUGCCAUGAAAGGACUGAAUGGAGGAAGGAUCAAUGUUGCUUCCUGCUCGUUAGGAGCUGCUCAUGCUUCAGUCGUCCUCACGCGAGACUACCUCAGUGUUCGGAAGCAGUUUGGAGAGCCUCUGGCCAAUAACCAGUACCUGCAAUUCAAACUGGCUGAUAUGGCAACAAGGCUGGUGGCCUCCCGGCUGAUAAUCCGCAAUGCAGCAGUGGCCCUGCAGGAGGAGCGAGAAGAUGCAGUGGCCCUGUGCUCCAUGGCCAAGCUCUUCGCUACAGAUGAAUGCUUUGCUAUCUGCAACCAGGCUUUACAGAUGCAUGGAGGCUAUGGCUACCUGAAGGACUAUGCUGUUCAGCAGUAUGUGCGGGACUCCAGAGUCCAUCAAAUACUAGAAGGAAGUGUCUGUGGAUGCCGUACAGAGCACUCGCCUGGGAGUCAGGAGGCUCUGCAUUGUCACCGUGGGCAGCAACGAAGUGAUGAGGAUGCUGAUCUCUCGAAGCCUGUUUGAGGAGUAGCACCCAGACUUGAUGUUCGGUCAUGAUGGUUAAUGUACAACUUGAAUCAGUAUUGAGAGCUUUCAUGUACCAUUGUGUUGCAUAUGAGUCAUGGAUUAGAUUGAAGGGCUGAGCUCUUCCAGGUGGAUCCUAAGGUGUGUGUUGGGAGCAGCAUCAGCUCUAGGACCGGGACAGAGUCCUCAGCAGAACUGGAGGAAUUGCCCUAAUUGGGAAUGUCACAAGAAGAUGUACUACCUUGUAUUCUGAUGCAAAAAGAUGACCAGUGAAGAUUCACCACCAAAUCAAAGUCCUUUCUUGGAUCCACAUCAUCUUGAUUUGUCUGCAUUUUGCUGGUUCACUAAAUCUCUCUUCCAGGGAUCUGGAUGCUUCCAUUAAGGGUUUUUUCUGAUGAUAAAGCAAAGGUGUAAGAAAGGAGAAAUGGAGAAAAAAUGUCCUCCUGUUUUUUCCUGUGCUCUGAACCUCAGCUAAAGAUGCAGAGGGUUUCUCUGGGUUGCAUUUCCUUUGUAUUACUCCUGUGAGUGUAAGUCAUGUUAAAAUGAGUAUUUGGGAAACGUUACUCCAGGUGUGAUUUAGGGUAUAUCUGUACUUGUAUACUUCCUAAAUGUCAAGGGCUGAAAUUAUAUGGGACUCUGAGUUCUCAUAGUUUUCUUUUUUAGAAGCAUGUGGUCUAGGAAUGGUAUUCAAGUUUCUAUAACCCUUCCUGAUACGUACUUUGAGAUAUUUUCUGACCUAUCAUUAUAAGUUCAUAGGAGAGAGAGAGAGAGAGAGUGAUUUGGCAAAAGUGGUAGUAGGAAGGGAUUCAUCAAGACAGUAAAAAUUCAAAUUAAACUUUUAUGAAAAUGUAUAAUA